AUGUCUUUGGCGCGUUCAGCUAGUGGCCCUGGAGGUCUAACUAUUAAUACCGGUGCUGCGAAUACAGGUGGAAUGGCAUCAGCAGGUGGCUUGUUCGGUGCUGCUCAACAGAAGCCCGCUGGGACUGGCCUGUUUGGAGCAACGGCAUCAGCGACCACUCCAGCAUCAACGACCGGUGGUCUAUUCGGAGCAGCCGCGACAACUACGACAACACAGGCUCCGGCGGCUACGGCUACCACAGGUGGUCUUUUUGGUGCGGCAGCAGCAAAACCAGCCACAGGCGGCCUCUUUGGCGCGAGCACAGCUACACCGGCAGCUCAGCCGGCAACCGGCGGUCUGUUUGGUAAUACCCAGGCGAAGCCCGCUACCGGAGGAUUAUUCGGAGCAUCAACAACGGCAGCAACACCAGCAGCGCAGCCAGCAACCGGCGGCGGACUCUUUGGUGGUGCCGCUGCAACCACACAACCAGCCGCCACAGGCGGUCUUUUUGGUCAAGCCAAACCUGCCACUGGAGGAUUAUUGUAA